ACUCUCUCUUCAACCUUCUGUAUUCUGGAGGGGCACCUUCAACGAGCUCCGCGGCGCACAGGCAGCGGCGUCCUUCCGUAGAGUUGUGAAGAAAGUGGAAAUAACUCGAGCACACAGACACCAUGUCCUUCCUGACUGUCCGCAGGUUAGCGCCUAAACUCCUCAACUCAAAGAAUGCAGCCUUCCUUCUGGCUGCCAGAAACGCCAGCGCAUCAACAACAAAUCUGAAGGAUGUGCUGGCAGACCUCAUCCCCAAAGAACAAACCAGGAUCAAGAACUUCAAACAACAAUAUGGCAAAACCAACAUAGGACAGAUUAAUGUUGACAUGGUCUAUGGAGGGAUGAGGGGGAUGAAGGGUCUGGUGUACGAGACCUCCGUGCUGGAUCCCGAUGAGGGCAUCCGCUUCCGAGGCUACAGCAUCCCAGAGUGUCAGGAGUUGCUGCCUAAAGCUCCAGGAGGCGAGGAGCCGCUGCCUGAGGGUCUCUUCUGGCUGCUGAUCACAGGACAGGUGCCCUCUGAGGAGCAGGUGAGCUGGGUGUCCAAAGAGUGGGCGAAGAGGGCAGCGCUUCCCUCCCACGUCGUCACCAUGUUGGAUAAUUUCCCCACAAACCUGCACCCCAUGUCUCAGUUCAGCGCUGCCAUCACAGCUCUGAACAGCGAGAGCAGCUUUGCGCGGGCUUACUCCGAGGGCGUCCACAAGUCCAAGUACUGGGAGUUUGUCUACGAAGACUCCAUGGACUUGAUUGCGAAGCUGCCCUGCAUCGCUGCCAAGAUCUACCGCAACCUGUACCGUGAAGGCAGCAGCAUCGGAGCCAUCGACUCCAACCUGGACUGGUCCCACAACUUCACCAACAUGUUGGGCUACAGCGACGCCCAGUUCACUGAGCUGAUGAGGCUCUACCUCACCAUCCACAGUGACCACGAAGGAGGGAAUGUCAGCGCCCACACCAGCCACCUGGUGGGGAGCGCCCUGUCCGACCCGUACCUGUCCUUCAGCGCCGCCAUGAACGGGCUGGCCGGUCCUCUGCACGGCCUGGCCAAUCAGGAGGUGCUGGUGUGGCUGACGGCGCUGCAGAAGGAGUUGGGAGGAGAAGUGUCUGAUGAGAAGAUGAGGGAUUACAUCUGGAACACGCUGAAGUCUGGACGGGUCGUUCCGGGUUACGGCCACGCCGUCCUGAGGAAGACUGACCCUCGGUACACCUGCCAGCGUGAGUUUGCUCUGAAGCAUCUUCCCAGCGAUCCCAUGUUCAAGAUGGUCGCUCAGCUUUACAAGAUUGUACCCAACGUGCUGCUGGAGCAGGGCAAGGCCAAGAACCCCUGGCCCAACGUGGACGCCCACAGUGGCGUGCUGCUGCAGUACUACGGGAUGACUGAGAUGAAUUACUACACCGUGCUGUUCGGCGUGUCCCGAGCCCUCGGCGUGCUCGCUCAGCUGGUGUGGAGUAGAGCCCUGGGCUUCCCCUUGGAGCGCCCCAAGUCCAUGAGCACAGAUGGGCUGAUGACUCUGGUGGGAGCCAAGUCGGGCUGAAGAGAUCCGGGGGUUAGUGUGACGGGUGGGAGGAGGCGGAAGCAUCACGAAGGCAGACCGAAGUUUGACCCCGACCCCAGGGAUUUAAAGAGACAGUACGCUUUUAAUGUCAUUUCAGAAAAGGGCCUUUGUAAAUCGUCACACAGUGUUUGUGUGUUUAGUUUCCCCAUCAACACACACGUAACCCAAAGUCGGCUCAAACUAUGUCCCGCUAUAAGUCUGCGAGCAUCGCGGAGAUUCCCCCGUGCAGUGCCUGCGGGGGGGGGGGGGGGCGUUCAAAGGGAAUUAUGGGAGUUAUUCACACUUCCUUUUGUAUUUGUUAAAACCUCUAAAGUCACUCAACCUUCUGCUGCUUUCGGCUGACGCAGAGAUUUGUUUCCCCCACGAGCAAAAGUUUCUCCAAUUAAAGCGUAGUUUCUUCUAUGCAAUGUCCCCCCCCCCCCCCCCCCCCCCUCCCACGUCUGUCCACGCGCUUCACUCCCAUUGAUGAACACUCCAGUUUAGACUAAAGGUCCUCGCCACCAAAAAAUACCAAGUUGUUCAAGAUAAAGAUUCGGUUAGAAGAUGCUGCCCCUUAAAAUCUGUGGCCCCUCCUGUUUCAUUUUAAUGACGACGUGUUUCCUCUAUGAUCAAAAGAAUUCUUCUUCUUCUUCUUCUUCUCCUUCUUCUUCUUUCUUCUUCUUCUUCUUCUUCUCCUUCUCCUUCUUCUUCUUCUUCUUCUUCUUCUUCUUCUCCUUCU